GAAGUUGUCUUAGAAAGGAAGAAGGAGGCUUGGGACUCAUAAAACCUGACUUCUGAAGAGCAACUGAAGUUUUUGCCUUCUUCUGUUUUUACUCCCGUCAGUCUUAGAAUUGGGUGCUUGUGGCUGGGAGCUACUAAGUUUUUUAAGAUGGCUCAGCAAUUUGUAGUUAGUCAUAUUGCAUCUAAUAAAGUGGUUGUGUUUGGAAAGAACAACUGCCCUUUCUGUCACCAUGCUCUAGAUCUUCUGGAAAAUUUUAAUUUCAAGCCUGGGCAUUUGGAAUAUAUUGAUCUCACGAGCCAAAGGGAUAUGGAUGCCAUUCAAGACUAUCUUAUGCAGUUAACAGGCACUCGAACGGUUCCUCGAAUUUUUAUUGGAGAAACGUGUAUUGGUGGUUUUACAGAUCUAGAUGCUCUAAACAGAAGUGGAGAACUUUUCUUCAUGUUCAAGACAAUUGGGGCACUUUGAAGAGCAACGAUAACUAUAGACUGGAACUACCCUUAAGCUGCACCCACAGGAUUUUGGAUUCGAUUAGUUGCCUGCCUCCUCUUGUCUCCACCUAUUGUGUAUUUCUGAAAGGCAAUAAAAAAUAGUUUUGGUUA